UGAACGCACUUCGUGAAGUCUGGGCGGGCGGAGCGCGGCUGCAAGAAGUUCGAAGUUGUAGCCGCUACUUGUCUGACAUCCCCCACAGUCUCGGUGCAGCGCAAAGUAGGAGAAACUGUCCAUGAAACGGCAAUAUCCAGAAUGAAAUCCCUGCUCCUGGCUUUGACAUUAAUCGCGGCUCUGUGGGGAGGCAGCUGCGCACCGCAAAGAGGGCUUUUCCCAGCUGUGCUGAACUUGGCAACCAUGGCUGAAAUCACAGCCAAUGCAACAUGUGGUGAAAGUGGUCGUGAGCUGCAUUGUAAGCUGGUAGAACAUGUUCCUGGUCAACCGGUUCGAAAUCCUCAAUGUCGUUACUGUGAUACAAAGAGUAGUAACCCCUAUGAACGCCAUCCCAUCACACAUGCUAUUGAUGGCACAAACAGAUGGUGGCAAAGCCCUAGCAUUCAAAAUGGUAUGGAUUAUCAUUAUGUCACCAUUACUCUGGAUCUUCGUCAGGUUUUUCAGAUUGCUUACGUUAUCUUGAAAGCUGCCAAUUCUCCUCGUCCUGGGAACUGGAUUUUGGAAAGCUCCAAUGAUGGUAUUGUCUUUAGACCAUGGCAAUAUUAUGCAAUCACAGAUUCAGAGUGUAUAUCCCGCUACGGUAUAUUUCCUCGGACUGGCCCACCAUCUUACACUCGAGAUGAUGAAGUCAUCUGCACUUCAUUUUAUUCCAAGAUCCACCCACUGGAAAAUGGAGAGAUUCACACAUCUCUUAUUAAUGGAAGACCCACAGCUGAUGAUCCAUCUCCCAUAUUGCUGAACUUCACUUCUGCCCGGUAUAUUCGUCUUCAGUUUCAGAGGAUCAGAACACUAAAUGCAGAUUUAAUGACCUUAGCUUACAAUGAUCCCCGAGAUGUUGACCCCAUUGUUACUCGACGGUAUUACUAUUCAAUCAAAGAUAUUUCAGUUGGCGGCAUGUGCAUCUGCUAUGGACAUGCAAAAGCUUGCCCUUUGAACUAUUUAACAAAGAAAUUUACUUGUGAAUGUCAGCACAACACUUGCGGAGAAAGGUGUGAUCACUGUUGUCCAGGAUUCAAUCAAAAACCUUGGAUGGCGGGUACUUUUCUUACUAGACAUGUAUGUGAAAAAUGUAAUUGUCAUGGGAAAUCUGAAGAAUGCUAUUAUAAUCAGACAGUAGCAGACAACAAAUUAAGCCUAAACAUCCUAGGAAAAUUUGAUGGUGGUGGUGUGUGUGUCAAGUGUGCCAACAACACGGCCGGAAUUAAUUGUGAGACUUGUAUUGAUGGCUUCUUCAGGCCAAGUAAGAUCUCCCCUGAUGUACCUGACCCCUGCGUUCCCUGUGAAUGUCACCCAGCUGGCUCACUGAAUAAUGUGUGUAUAAAAGACACAACUAAAACUGAAGGAGAUCUCCAGCCUGGUUUCUGUGAUUGCAAAGAUGGCUACAGUGGAGCAACUUGUGACAGAUGUGCUUUUGGCUUUAUUGGUUUUCCAAACUGCAUUGCAUGCAACUGCAGCAUUCAUGGAAGCUUGAACUCCGAUCCUUGUGUGGAGCCAUGUAUUUGCAAGAAAAAUGUGGAGGGAGACUACUGUAAUCACUGCAAACCAGGAUUUCUUAAUCUUUUGCAAGAAAAUGCUGAUGGAUGUGAGAAAUGUUUCUGUUCUGAUGUCUCAAGUGAAUGUUCUGGAUCCCAAUGGGCAUAUGCUAAUGUGAUGGACAUGACUGGAUGGGUGUUUGUGGGCUCAGAUGGUAUUAAAAAUCUUCCUGUCAUCCAUGAGUCCAAUAGUAUGGAUCUACAAGUCCACCUUAACAGUGAAGAAAUACAAAGAGAGUCGCCUUUCUUUUAUUACUGGAGUGCACCGGCUGCAUACUUGGGCAACAAGCUGGCAGCAUAUGGUGGAAAAUUGGCUUUCUCGGCUUCCUAUGACAUCAAAGGUGUGGACAAAAAUGUCCAAACUUUCACUCCGCUUGACAUUAUUAUCGAGGGCAAUGGAAGAAAACUCAGUAAUGUCAAAGAGGAAAUUUGGCUCUAUUCACCUGUAGCAAAUCUUCAAGUGAUUAAGUUUCACUACAAAAAAUUCAGACAUCUCGAAUCCUGGUUUCCUGUCAGUCGGAAGGACUUCAUGACAGUCCUUACAAAUGUGUCCCAACUCCUGCUCAGAGUGACACACAGCAAUGAAGAGAACACCAUCUACAGGUUAAGUUCUGUGAGCCUUGAAGUAGCUGAUCCAUAUUCAAGAGGCGCAGCUGUGGGAACAGCUGUUGAAAUAUGUCGCUGUCCUCCUGGCUAUGAAGGCACUUCUUGUGAAGUUUGUGGUACUGGGUAUCGAAGAAUUAAUGGGACUUUAUUGCAAGGGAUUUGUGAAAAGUGCUUAUGCUUUGGUCAUUCAGAUGACUGUGAUGACAUCACCGGAAAUUGUAAGGGUUGCAGGCAUCAUACUGCUGGACCACAUUGUGACAUAUGCACCCCUGGCUUCUAUGGUGAUCCAAAAACGGGGACACCCACAGACUGCCAGCCCUGUGCCUGCCCACUUCUGAAUCCAUCAAACAACUUUAGCCCCACAUGCCACCUCGACAAGAAAGGAGAAUUAAUAUGCGAUCAGUGUCUACCUGGAUAUACUGGGCCACGCUGUGAGAGGUGUGCUGAUGGGUACUAUGGCCGCCCUGCAGAGCCAGGAGGCUCCUGCCAACCAUGCGAGUGUAAUGGCAAUCUCGACUUGUCAUCCCCUGCGAGCUGUGACCCUGUCACGGGCGCCUGCCUGAAAUGCAAGGACGGAUUUAGCGGCCAGUAUUGUGAGAGCUGCUCAGACGGAUAUUUUGGAGAUGCUAUUAUAGCCAAGUCCUGUCAGCCAUGCCAAUGCAAUCACAAUGGCUCUAUGUCAGAAGUAUGUAAUGUUCAGACAGGCCAAUGUCAGUGUCGAGAACACGUUGUGGGCAGACAGUGUGAUGAAUGCAUGCCUAAUUGCUGGUGGGAUCCAGAAAGAAGGAUUUGUAUGCCAUGCAGUUGCAACUCUGCUGGUUCCAUGUCCCCUCGUUGUGAUCUCAUGGGGAGAUGUAUCUGUAAGCCUGGUUACACUGGAAAGCAUUGUGACCUACGUAGACAGUCUUAUGAAAGAAGAGAGACCCGACGGCCUGUCCAUCAAAUUCCACUACCAGUACCUCGACGCUGGGGUAUAAGUGGGACAGGAGGCUGCCCCCGAGGGGCAUAUCGGCCUUCCACACCCCAAGGCAUGGUGGGAACGUAUAAUCUUCAACCUUCCAGAGGAUGUGUGCCUUGCAACUGCAACUCCUUUGGUUCGAAGUCUUUUGAUUGUGAUGAAAAUGGACAGUGCAUAUGCCAACCUGGAGUAACUGGACAGAAGUGUGACCAUUGUGCUGUUGGGUACUACAAUUUUCAGGAAGGAGGUUGCACACCAUGCAGAUGUUCCCACAUUGGAAAUCACUGUGAUGCAAAUACAGGACAAUGCAUUUGUCCUCCAAAUACAGUUGGCGAAAACUGUGAUAGAUGUGCUCCAAAUUAUUGGGGUCAUGAUAUCAUCAGUGGAUGCAAGCCUUGCGACUGCAAUGUUGUGGGCUCCCAGUCUCUGCAGUGCAACCCUGAAACGGGUUGCUGUUUCUGUCAAACAGAAUUUACCGGAGAGAAGUGCAAUGAGUGCAGGACAGGAUAUCGAGACUUCCCUCACUGUAUCGCUUGUGAAUGUUCUUUUGAGGGAGCCGCCCCGGAGACAUGUGACGAAACUCUAGCAACAUGUUCAUGUGCUGACCAUACUGGACAAUGCACCUGCAAGCCAAAUGUAGAGGGUGAGCAUUGUGAUAGGUGUAAGCCAGGCACCUUUGGACUAAGUGCAAAUAAUCCCUUGGGAUGCAGCAACUGCUACUGUUUUGGCAUUACAGCCACCUGCACCGAGGCAAAGGGACUAAUCCGUAUGUGGCUGACACUCAGACCUGACCAGAUGGUGCUGCCUCUGGUGGAUAAGGCAAAUCAAAGACGGACCACAAAUGGCAUUUCAUUCCUGUAUCCUGAAAUAGUUGCUAACAUAGAUUCUGUUACCCAGGACCUCUUGUCAGAGCCUUUUUAUUGGAAUCUGCCAGAGCAGUUUCAGGGCCGCAUGAUAACAGCCUAUGGUGGUAAACUGAAAUAUGCAAUUUAUUUUGAGGCGAGGGAUGAAAUAGGACAUUCUCAUUAUGAGCCACAGGUCAUAAUAAAAGGCGGCCCGGCCAAAGAUAAAACAAUCAUGCGCCAUAUGCCUGGACUCCAGAUUGGCCAGCUAACCAGGCAUGAAAUAGAAAUGACUGAGCACAACUGGAAAUUUCUUCACGAUGGCAGCCCCUUAACAAGAGAGGAUUUUAUGAAUGUUCUGUAUAAUAUUGAGUAUAUCUUGAUUAAGGCUUCUUAUGGAAACCUAAUGAGACAAACCAGAAUCUCAGAAAUCUCAAUGGAGGUGGCAGAAGAAGGCAAAAGCUUGAGGGAGAGUGAACAUGCUUAUCAGAUUGAGCAAUGUGACUGUCCCCCAGGAUAUUCAGGACUCUCCUGUGAGGAAUGUGCUGCAGGAUUCUACAGACUUUCUUCAAGAACACAAGGAGCAGUAUCUAGUAUUGGGAGCUGUGUCAGGUGUCAGUGCAAUGGACACAGUGAAAUCUGUGAUCCGGAAACAUCAAUAUGUCAGAACUGCCUCCACAACACAGUAGGAGACCGGUGUGAACUGUGUGCUCCAGGUUUCUAUGGAGCAGUGAGGGGAGCCCCCAAUGACUGUAAGCCUUGUGCCUGUCCACUUCCAACUCCCAGCAACAAUUUUAGUCCAAGCUGUGUCAUGGAAGGCUUCUCUGAUUUCCGUUGUACUGCCUGCCCUCCAGGCUAUGAAGGACAGUAUUGUGAAAGGUGCUCUCCUGGAUUUCAUGGUGAUCCAACGAUUCUUGGUGGUUCAUGUCAGGAAUGUAAGUGUAGUCUAACAGGUUCCUUGCCUGUGCCUUGUGACCAGCUUACUGGACAAUGUACAUGUAGACCUGGAGCAACAGGACCAACCUGUGAUCUGUGCAUGGAAAGGCAUGUGUGUGAAUCUCAACAAAUCAUAUUCUGUGAUGAUGAAUGUACAGGACUCCUCCUCACUGACUUAGACAACCUGGGUCAAAUGGUGUUGAGCAUCAACUUAACUGGUCCACUGCCUCCACCUUAUAAAGUGUUGAACAGAUUUGAAAACAUGACACAAGAGCUAAAGCACCUGCUGUCACCACAGAGAGCACCAGAAAGGCUUUUACAAUUGGCUGACCGUAACCUAAAAACAUUAAUAACGGAAAUGGAUGAGCUGUUAAGCCGGGCGACAAAAGUAUCUGCCGAUGGGGAGCAAACAGAUGCAGAUGCAGCAAGAACUAAGAAAAGGGCAGAAGAAGUUAAAAACUUUGUUCAGAACACUUUGCAAGCAGCUGAAGCUUUGAAAGAGAAAAGUCAAAAAUUAAAUGAAACUCUUGGGAUUCAAGAUGGGGCUCAUGAAAAAAGCCUGCCAGAGAUACGUAAGGAUGUAGAGAAGAUGCUAGCAGAAUUAAGGAAGAGAAGACUAGACAAACAUAAGCAUGCCUCCGAUGAAGAACUAGGUUUGGCAGAUGCACUUCUUCGCAAAGUUAAGAGGCUUUUUGGUGGUCCCCAUCAAACAACUGAGAACCUAAAGAAGGAAGUCGAAAGUAAAAUGACAGAUUACCAGAAUAAGCUGGACGACAUUGAAAAUCUUCUAAGGGAGGCCCAGGGAAAAAUCAGUCACACUAACCAGUUGUCUGCCGUCAACCAAAGAAACAUGACAGCCUUGGAGGAAAAAAGGCAGGCUGUCAAUGAUGGCAAGAAGGGCAUAGAAGAUGUACUUGCUGAAGGAGAGAAUAUUCUUGGGGAAGCAAGUCAACUUUUGGAUGGCAUAAAUUCAGAAAUUGAAGACCUAGAGAAAAUUCAAAAGAACAUGUCACCACUUGGUAACCAGCUGAAGGACAAAGUUGAAAAAGUGAGCAAAACUUUGCUUGAAAACAAUCUUCCAGAACUGGUCCUCCAAGCUGAAAAUCAUGCAGCUCAGCUGAAUGACUCAUCAGGCAUUCUAGACAGCAUUCUAGCAGAAGCUAAGAACCUAUCUUUCAAUGCCACUGCAGCUUUCAAAGCUUACAGCAACAUUAAAGCUUUUAUUGAUGAAGCAGAAAAGGUUGCCAAGCAAGCGAAGGCCCACGCAUCUGAAGCUGUGCAACUGGCUUCAGGUCCCAUGGGCUCACUAAAGGAUAAUGCGAAAGCCUCUCUGCAACGAAGUUUCAGACUUUGGAAUGAAGCUAAAAUGCUAGAUAAAAUUUUAAAAGAAAAUGGGGAUAAUCUGAAUAGCAUGCAGACAAGAGUGAAUGCUGCAAAACAAAAGCACAGCGAUUUGCUAAAACAUCUGAACGAAGCCUUGGGGAAGCUACAUGCAAUGACUAAUGAGACCAGUUCAAAACUACAGGCCGUCAAGGACAAGGCCAAGCAAGCUAACGAAACAGCCAGCGAUGUGCUAGCAAGAAUUAAGGAUAUGAACUUGAAUCUUAUGGGGUUGCAGAAAAAUUACAGCAAACUGGAAGAUGAUGUGAACAGAGCCAAUGCUAUAAUCCAGGAUCCAGCUAAAAACAAAAUAAUUAAUGCAGCGGGUGCUAAAGUUAAUGAUUUGGAGAAGGAAGCUGACCGCUUAUUGGAAAAACUAAAACCAAUUAAAGAGCUUCAAGACAACCUGAAAAAGAACAUCUCCCAGAUUAAAGAACUCAUAAACCAAGCACGAAAGCAAGCAAACUCCAUUAAAGUGUCUGUUUCAUCUGGAGGGGAAUGCAUCCGAACUUAUCGACCUGAAAUUAAAAAGGGUUCCUAUAAUACGAUUGUCUUAAAUGUGAAGACAUUGCAUCUUGAUAACUUGCUCUUUUAUCUUGGAAGUUCUAAAUAUACUGACUUCUUAGCCAUUGAGAUGCGUAAAGGAAAGGUUAACUUCCUUUGGGAUGUGGGGUCUGGGGUUGGCCGUGUUGAAUACCCAGACUUGACCAUUAAUGAUGAGAACUGGUACAGAAUUGAGGCAUCCAGGAAUGGACGCAAUGGCAGUGUUUCAGUACGUGCUUUGGAAGGCCAAAAAGCAAGCAUAAUGCCAAGCAUUUUCCAUGGAGAGGCUCCUGAAGGUUACAGCAUCCUAGAUGUUGGUGCCAAUGCUUAUCUGUUUGUUGGUGGCAUAACUGGCAAAGCAAAGAAAGCAGAUGCGGUGAAAUCUUCAACUUUUUCUGGCUGCAUGGGAGAGACGUUUCUGGACAAACAACCAAUCGGGCUUUGGAACUAUAGACAGAGAGAGGGAGACUGCAAAGGAUGCGUAGUGAGCCCUCAGGUUGCAGAUAACGAAGGAACAGUGCAGUUUGAUGGAGAGGGAUAUGCAACUGUGGGUCGACCAUCCCGCUGGAACCCCAACGUGUCAACAAUAAUGUUUAAAUUCCGGACAUUCUCUACAAAUGCAAUUCUUAUGUAUUUUGCUACAUCAGACCUGAAAGACUUCAUGAGUAUUGAGAUAAAUGAUGGACGUAUCAGAGUCAGUUUUGACCUUGGCUCAGGUACAGCAUCUGUAAUCAGCACACAGCGGCACAAUGAUGGUAAAUGGAAGUCGUUGACCCUCUCAAGAAUUCAAAAGCAAGCUAAUGUGACGAUAGUGGAUAUAGACACUAAUCAGGAAGAGAAAAUGGGCACCGUUUCUGGAGGAACAAAUUCUGGCCUCAAUCUUAAGGAUAAUGAGAAGAUUUACUUUGGUGGUUUACCAUCUUUAAAAAGCAUCAGAGCCGAAGUAACCCUAAAGAAAUUUUCUGGCUGUUUCAAAGACAUUGAAAUUUCAAGGACACCUUACAACUUGUUAAGUAGCUCUGAUUACACAGGCCUUACAAAAGGAUGCUCAGUGGAGAAUAUAAACACUGUCAGCUUUUCUAAGUCUGGAUAUUUGGAAGUGAAGCCAUUCUCCUUUGAUGUGGGCAGUGAGAUAACUUUAUCCUUUGCAACAAAUAACGACACUGGAAUCAUUUUAUUUGGCAGUGGGGGUGUUCCAGUACAACCAAGGAGGAAACGCAGGCAAGCUGGUCAGCCUUACUGUGCCGUCUUGCUGAACAAAGGCCGUCUGGAAGUUCUUGUUUACACUGGUUCCCGAGAUCCUCGUAGAGUAAUGAGGAAACCGGAGGAGGGAGCUCUUCAUGAUGGCAGGGAUCACUCUAUCAAAAUAGAAAGAAAAAAAGGGCUAUUUACAGUGCAAGUAGAUGAUGAGAAACCAAAGAUGCAGCACAGAAUGCCCAGUGAUCAGCCCAUAAUCAUGAAUAAGCUAUUCCUUGGAGGUGUUCCCUCUUAUAUCCAACCUGGAGUACUUCGAAAUAUUUCUCCUUUUGAAGGAUGUAUAUGGAACUUGAUAAUCAACACUGUCCCUAUGGACUUUGCCCAGCCAGUGUCAUUUGAGAAUGCAGAAAUUGGACAAUGUGUCAGUCUGACUCCGCUCUUUAUACCAGUCUCAGAGGAGACAGUCACCCAGGUCCCAGAGGAGAUCCAACCCCAACAUAUUCUCACCCCAUCCACCCCCAUCGACCAGCAAGUAACACCUUCAGCUUCAGAUUCCAUUGUAGCUGAAUUCAGGAGUGCCAGCAUUGCCACUGCUCAUCACUUCACACCGAUUUCUUGUGCUGCUGGACCCGAGCCAGUUACUCUGCAGGAUGCAAUUCAGUUUGGUCUGUCCAGAAACAGUCACAUUGCUAUGGAAUUUAAUGAUACCAUGGUCAAGAGCAGGUUAAUAAUUGAGUUUGAAAUUAGGACAGAAGCUGCUUCAGGUCUGGUAUUUUACAUGGCAAGAAUCAACCAUGCAGAUUUUGCAACAGUUCAGAUAAAGGAGGGUAUUGCUCAUUUGAGUUAUGACCUUGGAAGUGGAAAUACAAGUACAUCAGUUUCCCGGAUCAUCAAUGAUGGCCAGUGGCACAAGAUUAGAGUAUAUCGGGAUAAGCAACGAGGCAGUCUUACAGUUGAUGGUCGAUAUAUUAACUCUACAAUUAGCCCUAAGAAAGCAGACAUCCUUGAUGUUGUUGGAAUGUUGUACGUGGGAGGCCUACCGUUGAAUUACACAACAAGACGAAUAGGACCGGUGGUUUACAGUAUGAAGGCAUGUAUUCGAAACUUCAAAAUGGUUGGCUUGCUGUUGGAUUUAGACAACCCAACCUCGAGCUACAACAUUGGCAACUGCUUUGUUAAUCCAGAGAAAGGAGCCUACUUUAAAGGAACUGGAUAUGCAAAAACAGUGGGAGCAUAUAAAGUUGGCACAGAGCUGCUAAUAAAGUUUGAAUUCCGUACAUCAAAGAGUAAUGGAGUGUUGCUUGGAAUAAGUGGCCAAAAAAUGGAUGGUCUCGGCAUUGAAUUAGUUAAUGGAAAGGUACUCUUCCAUGCUGACAAUGGUGCUGGCAGAUUUAGCGCAAUAUAUGAAUCAGCUUUCCAAGGUGAAUUGUGUGAUGGACAAUGGCACACAAUAAUAGCAAAUAAGAAGCACCACCUAUUAGAACUUACAGUGGAUGGAAAAGUGGUUGAAGGACAGAGCUCUAAUGUGGCUUCAACAUCAGCUGACACAAACGACCCUGUUUUUGUUGGAGGAUAUCCAGAAGGGCUAAACCAGUACGGAUUGACAACUGAGACACCAUUCACAGGAUGCAUAAGGAACUUGGAGCUCAUCAAGGGCUCAGAAGCUCAGAAAAUAGACUUCACUAAAGCACUUGCACUCCAUGGUGUCCAUCCACUGACAUGUCCAACAAAUUAACCUUCUUCAACAUUGUGUAAAUCAUGUAAAAAUGUUAAAGCAAGAAAAUAAACAACUGUUCAAACUUUAUAUUAAAUUGCUAUGUUAACAUGUUUGUUCUGUACUUAAUUACUGAAAGUGUCAGUGUUUUACUCAUUUUCUGUUUUAUAUAAAAGAAAGUGUAAAAGUGGAGAACAUUAGAAGAGUGUUGAAUAAGCAAAUAUGAUGUAAAAAUAGUAUUUUUUGAGUACUCUAUAUAUGCUUAUGUGGUCAGGGCUUUGUAGAUUAAUGUGCAUGGAGAGAUUCUUGCCCUGUAGUUAAAAUGUAUGCUUUGCAUUAAUAUCUAAAGGCAUUAAAUGACUCCUUACACUCUU